UAGCCCUCAAUUUUCAUAUCUUCAUCUCAUUCUCAACAUAUACACACACAUAUAUAUUAUCGAAUACCGGAUAUCGAAUACGGAAUAUCUGUAAUGGCGCUGAGGAGUCUUGAUAAUGCCUUGCCUUUGGUUCAAGAAAGGCCUAAAAAACAAGCCAAGGUGUCUGUUGCUGCUAAAUUGAAUGCUGUGAAUGAUGAAAAUGUGGCCCCUUUGCCUCCGGUUACGAUCCCCGAUGCCGUCGAUUAUGUUGCUUCUGAUGAUCUUGAACCCCUUGAUGACCCUGAUCUCAAGAUCCAGAGCCUAAUUGAGGGGUUGGAAUCGAAGGAUUGGGUGAAAGUGUGCGAGUCUUUGAAUGAUGCUAGGCGCUUUGCGUUGUUUCACUCUGAUCUGUUGUUCCCCAUCUCGGAUAAAGUAAUGCUUGUACAAGUGAAGGCAAUGAAGAAUCCGAGAAGUGCUCUGUGCAAGACUGCUAUAAUGGCUGCAUCAGAUAUGUUUAAAUGUUAUGGUGAUAAGUUGCUUGAUGACACCACUGCUGAUGCACUUGAUCAGAUGCUCCUACAACUAUUGCUCAAGGCUUCUCAAGACAAAAAGUUUGUGUGUGAAGAAGCAGAAAAGGCAUUAAAGAUAAUGGUAGAUUCCAUUGCACCACUUCCCAUGCUGCAAAAGCUCCGUGUAUACGGAACUCAUGCCAACCCGAGGGUCAGGGCCAAAGCUGCAGUUUCACUAUCUCAAUGUGUUUCAAAGAUGGAGCUUGAAGGAAUGAAAGAGUUUGGGCUGGUUCCAUUGAUCCAAAUGGCUGCGAAAUUGUUGAAUGAUAAGCUCCCAGAGGCAAGAGAAGCAGCUCGAAAUAUGAUCUCACUAAUGUACAAGUCAUUCACGGAGGGUGAAGAGCAGAAAGAAGAGGCAUGGCAAAACUUCUGCCAGACUAGUUUGUCAGCUAUUGAUGCGCUAGCUGUUGUUAAAAUUGUCUCUUAGAAAUCAGAUAUCAAUGUUAGCUAUUUGCAUCAUAUUCUGGAAAUGUAGAACUCGUAGAUGAUGCAGCUACCGCUGCAGCAGGAUUUGCUAUGGUCGAAUGCUAGUCAGUUAAGCAAUGCCAAUAAUAUCGUAUCUUUGUUUUCUAUAUA